ACCUCCUCGCACCGUCUGGUCUGAACCGGUUCGGGAUGCGCGCGAUCUCGUGCGCACUGCAGACUCCACGCACUGAUUCACAGCACUCCGCGCCCUCCGUUUAGAGCGUCCUCAUUGGUUGGGGUGUUCGGGGCCCGCCCACACCUUCCGCGUGCUGUUUGGACAAUGAGGAAGUUCCCGAGUUGGGAUUGGUUAAUGCCCCUCCAAAACUUGUAUUUUGGGGCAGGACCCUGCUCACGGUCACGCGGAGAAUGGAGUUGUAAACGAAGCGCGUGCACUUUUCAGCACCAAAAACUCGUGGACAGCAGCCAAACGGAGGAGAGAGUGUAGUCGUCGUGGGCUAGCUUAUUGUAAUAAACCGGCGACAUUGCGGUUAGCAACGCCAUACAACCGCUGCGAUCGCGGGAAAACUUCAUUGGUAGUUUUGAGUCGGCAAGUAAACGAUAUAAAGCGCACAGCUUGUGCUUUGUUCGCUCCGGCGGGCAGAGACCUGGAUAUCGGUUGAAAGAGACACGUUUCUGCGGGUAAAUAUACCGUUAUUUUCUGCUCGCGUGUCUCGGAUUUGCGCGGUCUGGGUUCAACUAACUGCACCCUGGGGAGACUAAAUGGCUGCAAAUGAAGGGAAACAAAGGUGAUAACGAAGAUUAUUCAUCCUAGCCGGUUCGGUCCAGACAACGGUUGAGCCGUGGUCCUGUUUUUAGCCACAUCACAACCUGCUCGUGCUGCUAGCCGCCGAGGCCAUUGUUUGAGCAUCUGUGUGCCAUUGCUCUGCCGCCCGAACCCCGGAUCACUCGCUGCCACCACACACCUGCCGCCUGUGUGUUUUCACGGAUUUCAUUUUUUAAACUUUUUGAAUCCAAGCAUACACAAUGUGUUCUCGGGUUUGGUUUGUGACCGACCGGCGUAUCAGCCAGGAGUAUCCUCAGGUUCAGAUCCUCCGGGCAUUGAAGGAGCGCUGCGCCGACGAGGAUGUUGAAUUCCGCUCUCUUCUCAUGGAUCAAAUCGUGCUAACGAUCAGCGAGGGACAAUUAGGUCUACGAGUGGAGCAGGAAUUGGUGACAUCUUAUCCACAGGUGGUGGUGGUACGGGUGCCCACACCCUGGGUGCAGUCAGAUAGUGACAUCACUGUGCUGCGCCACUUGGAGAAGAUGGGCUGUCGGCUAAUCAACCGUCCCCAGGCCAUACUCAACUGUGUCAACAAGUUCUGGACCUUUCAGGAGCUGGCAGGCCAUGGGGUGCCUCUUCCUGACACCUUCUCCUACGGAGGGCAUGACAACUUCCGUAAGAUGAUUGACGAGGCGGAGCCACUGGGCUACCCUGUAGUGGUGAAAAAUUCACGUGGCCACAGAGGCAAGGCUGUGUUCCUGGCACGGGACAAACACCAUCUGACAGACCUGUGCCACUUGAUCCGUCACGAUACCCCCUACCUGUUUCAGGAGUAUGUCAAGGAGUCGCAUGGCCGUGAUGUCCGGGUGGUCCUGGUGGGCGGCCGUUUCAUCGGCUCAAUGCUACGCUGCUCCACUGAUGGUCGCAUGCAGAGCAACUGCUCCUUGGGUGGCGUAGGUAUGAUGUGCCCACUGAGCGAGCAGGGAAAGCAGCUGGCCAUAGAGGUGUCGAACAUCCUCGGCAUGGAUGUGUGUGGCAUUGACCUUCUGCAGCUCAAUGAUGGCUCAUUUGUGGUCUGCGAGGCCAAUGCCAAUGUGGGCUUCAUCGCCUUUGACCAGGUCUGUGGCAUGGAUGUGGCAGGCAUUGUUGCCGACUACGCCCUCUCGCUGCUCCCCAGCCGCCUCACCCGUAAGAUGUCCCUGCUGUCCGUCGUGUCGAGCACCAGCGAGACCAGCAGUGAGCCUGAGGUGUGCCCUGUGCCCACUGGCGGUGGCUCACUGCCCGAGGCUGUCUGCAACAUGAGCGUGGGAUCCACUUCCAGCGAGAGUGACCCGGAGCUGGCUGAGCCCUCCGAGUCCUCGCCCUGCCAGUCCACAGCCCCCACCCUGCCCGAUCUCGCUGACCUCCCUGAUCCAACCUACAACUUCAACACCCUUCUCGCCAAUGAGAUCAAACUAUUGACUGAGUAAGAUUCAAGCAGCUUCAUGCACACACAAACACCACCAUGCAUAUUGAAAACACGCAUACACACACAUACACACACACCUGUACGCAUGGCAACAGACAUUCCUUUUAAAAAGACAUAUUGAUCCAAAAAUAUGAAUACAUCGGAUGUUAAUGCAAAAGAAGAGCGGAGAAAAACAGAACACACAUACAGGCACAACCACAGAAAUACAAACGCCAAAACAUGAGUCUUCUCCUAUUAACUCCCUUCAAAAAUAACAAAGAUCUGAGGCUGCUCCCCUGACUCUCCUCGCUUUGCACCUCUACUCCCAAACUACAAACCCCACUAUCCAAACUUAGCGUACACUGCAGCAUGUUGGCAAGAGUGGGAUAUAGUACAUAAGAUAACUGCCUAUUUGGCCUCUCCUAGUUUCUAUUUUGCAAAAUAGUGAGGGUGAAGGUGACUGUUUUCUGGGGUGGGUGUGGGAUUCCCUUAAAGGCAAACACCUGCCAUAUUUGUAUCCUUACUAUACCAUAUUAUCUAAAGCAGAAUCUACAGCAUGUUGUCAUAAAAAGGGGUUUCCUUCUGAGACUGUUUGGUGGAUUGGAGCCAAAAUUAAGUGUUUUUUUUUAGUGAUAAGCUCCUUGGGAGAGGAAUACAUCCUUAUGCUAGGCACAUUAUACUGACAGUUCCAAUGUAGCAAUGUAGUGCUCCUGUCAAGGACACAGAACAGGAUGGGGACCAGCAGCAACUGGAGAUGGAGAAAUUUAAUGUCAAAUGUACUGCUAUUCAUAAUAACUGAAAGGAGACAUGCAUUCACUACAUGACAAUAUGUUGUAAAUCCAACUGCAACAUAAUGUAUACGCAAUGUUUUAACUCUUCUAUACAGUCAAUACAAUCCAUAAAAUCCCACUAAUACGAAAAUGUAGCCGGAGCUGCUUCAUUGAGUGAAUAAGAGGCUGACGCUGUGCUGUCAGAACCAUUUUCUUUUCAUAAAUAGGAAAAUUAUCAAUUCAGAUUAUAAACCCACAGCACCAGAAAAUCAUCCUUGGUGCUAACACGGUGUCUAUUAAUUUAUUCUCUGUUUACUUUGAAUGAAGCAGCUAAUGUAAAUGUAAGAAAAACUGCCCUAACCUGUGCAAGGUAGUGGAAAUAACAAAUAGCAGUUCUGUUUGAGAGUCACAACCUGGAAUUAAAAAAUGAAUUAAGUGCCAUGACUCAAUUUUUAAUUUUACACUCCUAGACAGCUUGUUUGAUUAGCCUUACCAGCAGCAGCAACAUUCUGCUGCAUUUUAAAAUUCAUAAUGUCUAGCACUUUAUGAUAAACCAAUGCAUUACUUUUUUCUCUCUCGCUUAGAUAAGAUAUUUAAGAAACAUGAGAGUGUGAAAGCUGUGUCUACACCUGCGAACAAAAUAUACCUCAAAACAGUGACUUCUCACUGCCACAGGAUGACAUAUUCAAACAUACAGAACAUAUCAGCCAGGAUCCUUGUGGUUUUCAAAUGGCCCCUGAUAUACCAGGUGUUCCUUCCCUUUAUGUCUAGGAGCUAUAAAGAUAGUUGUGUAUUAUUUUUAUUCCUUUUUUUUUUUUUUUAGCUGUUUUUGUAAAUAUUUAGGUAGCGAAUUAACUUCAGUGCAUACUAGUAUACAGCUAACGAAACUGGAACGGCUGACAUAACUGCCAACAUUGACAUUUUUCAUAAGCUAUUGUAGACCAAUUUGUUUGUACAGACCUGCAAUAUUGAAAGGUUGAAACUAAAGUUUGGUGCUAACAUUUAUGGAUUUGGUUAGAUGUGUUUUCUCAGUCAUAUGAUUUGUAGAUUAUACUUUUGUUGUUUUCACCUUGUUUUUUGAUAACGUGAAAUGAAGGAUCCUAACUCACAACAUAUGUUGGCAUGAUGUACAAAUAAAAAAUGGGAACUAUUUUUUUGCAGUCUCUUUGAACAGAAUGUCACUUUUUUUGUUUCUUAAACAAAGAAAGAAAAACAAAAAUCCAGGGAUUUCAGUGGCCAAGAGUAUAUUGCUUGCGGUUUUUGUUCCUGUAGAACACCUCCUAUACGCCUUCUGAAGUAACUAUCAACAUAGAGGUAGGGUAUGCUAGGUUAAAUGCCAUUCAUUUAAGGGAAAUUUCAGUAUUUUCCAAGCUGGAUCCUAUUUUCCCAUGCAUUCGUGUCUAAGUGACUAAUGUGAACAAAAAUCUUUGAAAUUGGUCCGGUAUUGAGCGAGAACGGCGUAACCGGCAGCCGCGAACCGGGCAGCAAU